UCAAAAUUCACCCUCCCCAAAUCCGCUCUGAACCCCACCCUCACCACCUCCCUGGGCAUCUUGUGCACCAGCAAACGGCCCGCAGACCCGCCCAGAGGGCUGUAGACACACAGCUCUCUCGCCCAGAGGGCAGUUGGGAACUGCUGCAGGUGGUUGAUGAUGGCGGGGGCGGGUGGUGUGGUGCCGCGAGGGGGGACGAAGCCAAAGGCAUUCGCGACCAACACGUAAUCGCACGUUGACGAACGAGAGGCUCGAUGCGAUGUCGAUGGCCGCCGGGCUGGGGUCGUCGAUGGGGUGGGUGAUGUCGUGCUGGCUGAUGGCGUAGGUCAACUUGUCCGCCUGCCGUGCCGCCUCCUUGAUGGCCGUCUUGAUGAAGGGCGAGGGGCGAGGAGGGAAUGCGUCGGCGUAGAAGACGGCCAAGUUGAAGAAGCCCCCCACAAUCCGCACGUUGAGCGGGACGUUCGGCGAGGUGCAGCAGGUGUUGAUGAAGCCGUCGACGGACAGCAGGGCAGAGAGGUCGUCGUGGCCCGCGAAUGGUGGGAUCUCCACGUCGAGGCUCGUCAGCGACUUGCGGCAGCCACGGGAAGUGAGCACGUCCUUGAAAGAAAGAAAGAGAGAAGAACGUCAAUCGUCUGUGUGCACAAACAGAUGAGGCCUCCCCUGUGUGAUGAUUGCCUACCCGCAGUCGUCUCACUCCUGCCAGGUAUUGCUCUGCUGUCUCCCAACCACCGUGACGCUUAAUCCCUCCGAUGGUCUUCAAGUGGCUGAGCGGCCCUGGUUGGCCGCCAGGUGCCUCGGGGAAGUGCUCAAACACAGCCGCCCACUGCCCCCAUGACCGCCAUCGCCCCCCAACCUCUUUCAGCGACUGAGACGAGCUGAUGAACCGGCCCAGCUCGUCGACAUCCCAGCCAUCCUGAUCCAUACGCUCGAGUGCGGGCAUCUUCCAGCCCCUGUCGGCCAGCACACUGUGCUCACCGACGGCUCCGGUGACGGCCCUGAGGGCAUGGAGAGUGGGGAACUCGGCGAGGGGGCCAGGGAGGGAGAGCGAGUGACGUGUGCGAGUGGGGGCGCGUGGUGAAGUUGAUGGUCUCCAGCGAUCCCUCCGCCAUGAGCUGCUGCCCCUCCUUCUCGCGCGCCUCGCGCCGCCCGGCCGCAU